AUGGCAGGCUCUCGUGCGUGCCUCAUGGAGUGGCCAGUUGACGACGGCACCGACAACAAAGCUGCAUUCAACGGUCAAAACAUUCCCCACAGUCUGUCCUCCAAAGUCACCCAAUGGUGUCUGAUACGCGGUAUUCGACACCACCCCGGCUUCGCCACUGGGUUGCACGGUGCUCCAGAGCUCCCUUCCAUCACCCGAGCGCUCAACGCGCGCGCCAUCAUGAGCAGCAAAGUCCCGCAGAUGGCGAAGGAGGAAGAAUUUCCAUACUGCUUUUGGCACCCUGAUCUGCCCAGCGAGCAAACACUCCGGCAGCUUCUCGCCUGGUAUGGAGAGACCCGGCCAGGCAUUCGGUAUCAAGUCGGACGUAUCCCAGACCGGGUGCUUUCCUCAUGGGGAAACACAUGCACCCGUCAAACUCUUGUCAACUACCCCAUGCCCGCCGGCAACCUCUUCAACCCUCAUACCAUCCCGGCCCCGAUCUUCGACAUAACCGAGGACCGCAACCUUUCCCUCGACAAGAACGCCCUCCGCCCCUCCCAGAUCCCCGUCUCCGAAGAGACCCUCCAGCUCUUGUACGCCCCCCUUCCGCUAGAUCUCCCGCCCUACGCCGCUUCCAUAGCCGACAAGAACUUCCUCAUCCUCAUGGCCGCUUGGUCCAGCAACAAAGAGCGGUACUCGCGUCUCCGGCGGCCUGGUGUCGUCAUUCCUGGCGAGUUGCAGUGCAUCGUGCGUGGCAUCUACCACUCGGUCUUCUUUGCCAAGUGGUGGGCAUCUCCAGAGCAACUGGCAGUCCAGAAACAGCUGGGCAUCAACCUCAUGCCAUUUAUCCACGCACGCUUUGUCAUGCACAACGAUCUAUCAUGGCUAAAAGAAAAUACGCCCGAGGAAGACAUGCCGACGAUCAUGUGGGUUCCGGACCAUGCCGAGCAAAGCACGUACUUGGCCAUGGCGCGGCGGAGACCGACGGAAAGAACCAAGUUUCGGUGCGCGAGGGCCCUGAUCGCCAUAGGCGAUUACGAAGGGUAUGAGAAGCUGGGCGCAGGCCCGGACAGGACCCAGUACUGGGAAGCUCAAAGCCGGCAAUCCAAAGAAGAGGCGUCAGGAUUUGAGGGCGUGGCAAAGAAGUUUUUGGAGGAUAUUGAAGGGAAGGCUAAGGAAAAAUGGGGGACAAGAAACAUCAAUGAGCGCCCUGAUGACCCGGAUCAUUUGUAUGUGGCGGAGUGGCAUUAUGAGUUAACAAAUAUGACUGCAAACGAGGUUGAUGAGGAAUGGGAUCUGGUGUGGCUCACGCACAUGCUCGAUGUUGGGGAUAAACCGCCUCGAUCAAUGAACUUGUAUCGGGAGGUCAAGACAGAGAUGACGGGAUUUGAUGAGCUCAGCGACGGGACCUACAUCCGAGCCAUGACGGAGGAGGAGUAUGAGGAUUGGUUUGCACAAGCCGACCACCACGCUGACCCCAGACAGCCCAAUGACUUCAACCAAGACUGUGGCGUACAAGGCAUCCUGUUGCGCGUGGCGGCAAUGGACGAAGUGAAGAGAAUCGUACCGGAGGGUUUUGAGUGGCGAAACCUGUCUCAAAUGUAUCGAAAUUGGGAUUAUGUACCGGAGGAGGAAAGGGAGUACCUUGGGGUAUAUCCCAGAAAGAAGGAGUAG